AGAGAUCAAAGAGACUGGGAGGCGAGACUGCGAAUAAAACAUCGUCGUUUGUUUAUGCUAUUGUUCUACGCUACAAGACUGGCUUUCUUGUUUCGGUGUUGGCUAAGCAACGUUAAAGGCAACUCCCAGGGGAUCUCUUUCGGUCGGCGUCAUUUCUUUUAUUCGCACUCCUUUAUCGUGCAAUGCCGACUUCACAUUCACCCCGGCGGAGCCCCCGAAUUGGACAGACGGGAGCUCCCGCAACUGCAACUACGACCACCGCGACCACAUCAGCCGGCACUCCGAAGAAUGUGCCGGGCUUGUCGGGCGGUGAGCUGCAGCGGCCACGGACUCCAAAGCAACCGGGAUUAAUCCCAAGUGGUGCUCCAAAGCCUGAUAGAUCAGGCCAGGAUACGGACACCACAACCGCCAAGUUUGCGGCGCUGAUGGAGAGGAUCGCUACCUUGGAAAGGGAGCUUCAAAAGGCGAGGUCAGGUGAAGGGCAAGAUGCAGCCGCGAGGGAUCCCGUUAGAAACGGAUCAAGCGGUAUAGGAGCGAGCGGUGCGGCGAAUGCGCCGCCAUUUGCCGCCAUUAUUGAGUGGAAACCUGCCGCCACAAUCGAGUGGAAAUCUGGCAAUAGGGCAACAAGUCACACUCAGUACAAACAGUACAACGUUAAGCUAUUCCACACCAUGCUGCGUGACGGCUACUGUGCAGCCAGCACUAAGCUACAUGCAAGCUACGCGGGAACCUCUUCGCAACCUGAUGGUACCCCCGCAAUCAACUGGUUCAUACGGAAUAGCUUCGCCGAGCCCGUUAAUUGGAUGGACGCCGCGCAGACUGCCUGA